AUGUUAGCCUCCAAGAAUCUAUAUGCCUCCAACUUUGGCAAUAAUCAGCAAACGAUGAGUCGGAAUAUCUCUGAGGAAUCUCAGAGAACCCAAGUCUCGACGAUGCCUGCUCAGGAAGGCGUGUUUACCUCUCCUACCAAUUCCGAAUUCUCCGAUGCCUACGAUGGUCUAGAUUCAAUCCGAGCAUGGGAUGAGCAGAAAGUUGGGGAGUGGUUACAUACGAUUCGAUGUGGGCAGUACGAAUCACUCUUCCAAACCAACAAUUUCACGGGGGAAAGUCUUUUGGAGUGUGAUCAAAAGAUUUUGGCUGAAAUGGGCAUCAAAAAGAUCGGGGAUAGGGUGCGAAUCAAUGUCGCCAUCAAGCAACUGCGCAAUAAGUCGUCCCUGUUGCGUAACAAGCGAAACAGAGAUUCAAUGGCUCUUCUUGAUGGUUUCGCAGGAACUCCUUCCUCCUCCGAUUCUCCUCGUACACUUGGCUCCAGGUCACAAAAUGGAAGUGGUAAGCGCUAUUCCCGACAACUUGAUCCAUCAGUCUUGCAGAAUUUCAAUUCCGCAGGCACGGGGUUCAAAGUCGGUUCGCGGCCAAGCUCACCACUGGCCGACAUAAACAGUGCAGGACUUCGAGCACACCAAUACAUCAAGAGCCCCAUGGACACUGCAAGGGGCAACCAGGCCACAGGCUAUUUCAGUCAACCUGGGUCUGCAAGUUCUACUUCGGGCAGGAGACCAGAGACACCUCAACUCGCCCACCAAACGACGCGAACUGCGCAUCUUCGACAAAAUUCCAGCAUCGAUGGAUUAACUCCGGGCGGCCUACCGACAGGAUCUCCAGUCAUCAAAGUUAUUCAUGGCGGAGGCCAGACGAAGGUCGUCAAUAUAAAAUUUUGCAGAACAGCUGAUGAAGUAACCUCGACAGUUCUGAAAAAGGUCCAUCUGUCAGAAACUCAAUUCAGAAACUAUUGCUUCUAUGUUCUCAAUGGCUUAGAUCCAGACCUCGGUAACUGCCGUCGAGUUUCUGACAGUGAGCUGAUGAAGAUUUGCAACGACUCAAUGCGUUCAGAGAGGAACAGAUUGAUAUUGAGAAGAAUCAAUGACGGUCCUCCUGACCUUGAUGAACUUCGGAAGGCGGCAAGGAUUGCAGCAGACGAAUCAUUGGUCCUUCAUAACAAUGCUUUGAGUUCUAACAACAUGCGCAACCAGAUAAAGUUACAAAAGUUGACCGGUGAAUCAUGGCACCACAUUCAAGCUCCACUAUCACCCGUCACCACCACUGAUCGCAACAGAAAUGUAAUGGCUACCGCAGAUGAAUACGAUAGGCAAGAGGCACAACACCUUAGAAUUCCGGACCAGAGUAGCAAAUUACGGUCAUUCUUCGGCGCACGUCCUCCGAGCGAGAUGAUUGUGCAAGAAUUGACCUCGUACUUCCCCGCCCACCAGCGGGAGGACAUUGAAAAGACUAUGAGAAUGUCAGUACGCCGAUCCCAGAGAAUGAGUCGAGCAGCAAGUCGGCUUAGCGUGAUGAGCAAUGUCAGUUAUGCCUCAAGUCUUAAGGAUGCUCCACCGGUUCCUAGUAUCCCUAGCAUUGCCGACAGCUGGCUCGCUCAGGGUUCGGGUUCUCGAGCACCAACUGCACGGCCGCUUUCUGUUAUCUCUACUCGUAUGAAUCUUUCCAGCGCAGCUUUCAGGGACUCCAUCGCAUCAUCGACCCUCCAUCCAUUGCAGGAGGAAUCCCCAAUCGAGCCCAACAGGAAGUCCUACGUUUCUUUUGACAGUGGUUCUGAUAGUGCCGCUCAAAGCGAAACUACACGAAUCAGCUAUUUCGAUGAAAGCCCUGGGGCCAUGGGCAAUGACAACCUCAAUAAUCGGUUGUCUGUUAUUGUUGCUGAAGACGGAGAAGAAGAAGAUCAUGAAUUGAACUCAUUCCUCAAGGGCAAUAGUUUUGACAAGAACAAUUGGAUGAAAGGCGACCUGAUUGGUGAAGGUUCAUUUGGCAGUGUCUACCUUGCUCUUCAUGCGGUCACUGGGGAACUCAUGGCUGUGAAGCAGGUUGAGUUGCCCAACGUUGCUAAAGGCACUGAAGGAGACAAGAAGACAGCCCUUAUGAUUAAUGCUCUAAAACAAGAGAUUGAACUGUUGCAGGGUCUUCGUCAUCCGCACAUUGUGCAGUAUCUCGGUACAUCCUCCGACGAGACUCACUUGAAUAUUUUCCUCGAGUACGUUGCUGGUGGUUCUAUCGCAGGUAUGCUCAAGCAGUACAACACGUUCCAGGAGCCACUGGUUCGCAAUUUCACCCGGCAAAUUCUGGAGGGCUUGUCAUAUCUCCAUGGUCGGAACAUUAUUCAUCGUGACAUCAAGGGCGCAAACAUUCUGGUCGAUAAUAGAGGAGCUGUCAAGAUUUCCGACUUUGGCGUGUCCAAGAAGACAGGAUUCAACGGCAUGAAUGCAGCACCAGGUACCCGGACUUCACUUCAAGGCUCUGUUUUCUGGAUGGCACCCGAAGUUGUACGUCAAAGUGGCCAGUCCCUAAAGUCCGACAUCUGGUCGGUUGGUUGCUUGAUCGUGGAGAUGUUCACUGGUGCCAGACCCUUCCCUGCCAUGACUACUCUGCAGACAUUGUUUGCCGUAGGCAGCAAUAAUGAGAAGCCAACCAUACCGGAAACUGCAAGUGACGAUGCCAAGAAAUUCCUCAACAAGACCUUCGAAGCAGAUCAUGAGAAGAGACCCGGCGCCGAUGAGCUGCUUAAGGAGAAGUUCUUGUUGCCGAUCGCCUGA